GGAUUAUCUUGAGUAACCAGGUCAUGAUUUCUGGAAAGAGACAUUGCUGUUGAGUUUUUUGGCGCUUUGAGCACCACAAGCUGAGUGCCAUCUAGUUCCAUCAUUAUCAAAAGAAGCCAGACAUCUCUAUGGCUGAUAUCUCCAACACUUGGUGACUUGCACCUAAACUGAUGAAUACACACAUGGACAAAAUUGUUGGUACCCUUCCGUUAAAGACAGAAAAACCCACAAUGGUCACUGAAAUAACUUGAAACUGACAAAAAUAAUAAUAACACCCUUAAUUUAAUAUUUUGUUGCACAACCUUUUGAGGCAAUCACUGCAAUCAAUCGAUUUCUGUAACUCUCAAUGAGACUUCUGCACCUGUUAACAAGUAUUUUGGCCCACUCCUCAUGAGCAAACUGCUCCAGCUGUCUCAGGUUUGAAGGGUGCCUUCUCCAGACUGCAUGUUUCAGCUCCUUCUCACAGAAGGCCACUUCAGAAUAGUUCAGCGUUUUGUUCUUAGCCAAUUUGGGUGUUUGUAGCUGUGUGUUUUGGGUCAUUAUCCUGUUGGAGGACCCAUGACCUGUGACUGAGACCAAGCUUUCUGACACUGGGCAGCACAUUUCGCCCCAGAAUGCCUUGAUAGUCUUGAGAUGUAAUUGUACCCUGCACAGAUUCAAGACACCCUGUGCCAGAUGCAGCAAAGCAGCCCCAGAACAUAGCCGAGCCUCCUCCAUGUUUCACAGUAGGCACAGCGUUCCUUUCUUUGUAUGCUUCAUUUUUGCAUCUGGGAACAUAGAGCUGAUGUGACUAGCCAAAUAGCUCCAGUUUUGUCUCAUCUGUCCAAAGGUCAGUACAGAAAGAUAAAAAACAAUACAUAAAAUAUAAUACAAGUGAUAACAAACCACUAAUAGCAAAAUAUUUUCGACUGCAACAACAAAAAAAUAGCAAAUAAUAGGAUCCAUUUGUGUAAUCUUUAAGAAGAUUUUGCCAAUACUGGUAUUAAAAGUAAAAGUUAUUGGUCUGCAGGAAAAUGUCCCUUGUGAUAGAUCACAUGACUAAAAUAAUAUUACUGUUGCAGCAGGUCGCAGUGGAGCUGGUUUAAAUUACUUUAGUUGGUGGUUUUGUCCAGUGGGUCCCAACUUGGGUCCCCUUCAGAGGGUCACAAGAUGAAUCUGAGGGGUCGCGGGAAGAUUCAUGUGAGAGGGCCGAAGGCAAAACAAAGUUCUGCUGCACAAAUUAUAAACGACACAAGGGACCAAAUUAAAUAGUUUUUAUAAAGGUCACAAAACAAAAAGGCUGAGUAACACUGAUUUAAUCUGUAGCAAUGUAUUUUAAAGCGACAGAAACUUAUUAUGCUCGAGUAAAGUACAAAAUGUUAUCUGAGGGCUGAACUAAAUUGUUGGAUACAAUUCUUGAUGUUUCCUGAAAAACAAAGCUCUCAUGUUCACCAGAAUAAUAACGUUGCCAAAAUAUUCAGUCACAGAGGAAAUAUUUAAUCACACGUCAGUUAUAUUACAGGGAAGCUUUGUGUGAUUUGCUGAAUUGUGUAAUCAGAUUCAGUUACACCUCAGUUUCCUAAGAAAGACACAAACUGAUGACUAAUAAUGAAAUAGGAUCUUUUCAGUUCAUCUCUUUUGAUGAAUGGAAACAUUAAGAUUGAAUAGAAGGUAAGUCUGCACGUUCACCAAACAAUGAAACAGAUUUCACCAUCUGCUGUACUUCCAUGUGCAAUUUUAAAGCAUAAAGAAACAGCAGGAUGAUCAAAUGCAGAUAUAUGAUCAGCUCUUUUACUGGUUGUUAUCAUUUUAAAAUCAUAAAUUGUCAGUGCUGCAAAGUAAAUACGUCUACUUGAGUGUUGUUGUUAAAGUAGGAUUUGAGGUACUUGUUCUUUACUUGAAUAUUUCCCUUUUAUGCUACUUUAUACUUCUAGUCCACUUCAUCUAUUUGACAGCCAGAGUAGGUUUCAUUUGACAUAUGAGGACAUAAAAAACAGGGUGUUUUGGGGUCCCCUUUGAGAAAAUCUUAAGCAUCAAACACAUAAUUUCCUGCAUUCUGGUGAUUUUUUUACGCAUCGAUUUAUGGUGUAAAUGUCUGUAAUUUAGUCAAAAUAAAAGUCCUCUGCUAUUUUUAGGAGUUUGUUGGAGGGGACAGAUGUACAUGUUGAAAUUUUAAGGGGGACGUGUCCCUCUGUGUCCAUAUCACUUCAUAAAAUGUGAUAUAUUUUAGAUUAAACUACAAUGAUGCAACGACACAACACAAUACGCCACGAUACGAUAUGAUGCGCUUUAUUUUCCCUGUAGGGAAAUUUGUCUUGGACUCAGGAGCUGCACAAGUAUUGCUGCCUUACUAUAACAGUCAGGAAGAAAUGAAGCAUACACCAUUAAAACAUAAGAACACACACUACACAUAACACCAGCACACAACAGAGCACUGUAAGCAAACACAACGCAACCCCUAAAUAUUAAAUGUCAUCAUUUAAAAUCUUAAUUGACGUUGGCACAAGUUAAUUUUUAAAACAGUUUAGUGGGCUGUAUAAAUGUUCCAUUAGUCCCAGUCUGACUGCAACAUAAAUAUGUGUGAGUAAUAACAAAUACAGUACCAUAUGAGAAUGAAUGAAAGAAAAGCAGUUCAUUUAAUUUUCACAGCUACAUUUUCUGACCUUCAUGUCUUCAACAUUUAUAAAUCACUGAGUAAACUACUUCAGAAAUAUGAAUAAUUAUUUGCUAAAAAGUAACAACUGUUCUUUUUAAAAUCACCUGUAGAUCAGUUUUGUUAAAUAAUUUCAUAGAAGAAUGUCAUUAAAUCACCACACUGCUGAACAGUGCAAAAGAAAAUGUGGCUCCCUUUCCACCUCUUCCAAAUCACACAGCUUAUUUCGUCUGGUUUCCUUAUUCACGUCAUUUAUCUGAAUUCCUCUCCAUCACUGUAUGAUGUUAUAAAAAGUGACAGAACCAUUGUUGGCCGGGUGUGAAAUAGCCUUUGGCACAAGUUGGAUUGAUUCAGAUGGAUAAUAAAUAUGAAUUAAAAGUUCUUUCUUGUGAAAAAAGUGACAGAAGUGAGGGAGAAGUAGCUUCAUGUGGGGGGAGGAAGACUUCCCUCCCUCUAACAUGAAGCCUGAAUAAACAUCAGUCAGUCACACACCAUCCUAACACUAACCCAGGUGAGCCCAUCUGUCUGUCUGCAGGUAUAAAGAGCUGCUGCAGCAGGCGGAACGAAGCAUCGCUGUGUCUGUUAGGACACGUUACACACCCCUGGAUCAGUGCAGAGGAACUGCUCAGUCUGUGCUGAGCCUUGCGGACAGAAUAACGCACAUUAACCUGAAGCAAAACCACCAUCUCAUCUCAUCUCCAGCGACAUGAGGGAGUGCAUCUCCAUCCACGUGGGUCAGGCAGGUGUCCAGACAGGAAACGCCUGCUGGGAGCUCUUCUGCCUCGAACAUGGCGUCGGUCCUGAUGGCGUCUCCUUGGAGAGUCCUGCAGAACCAAACUCUCGUGAAGACCCAUUCAACACCUUCUUCAACACUGGCAGCUCUGGGCAUCAUGUUCCCAGAGCGAUCUAUGUGGACCUGGAGCCCACAGUGGUUGAUGAGGUAAGAGUUGGAAAGUACAGAGAGCUUUUCCACCCUGAGCAGCUGAUCUCUGGAAAGGAGGAUGCAGCCAACAACUACGCACGAGGCCAUUACACUGUCGGGAAAGAAAUCAUUGAUGGAGUCAUGGAGCGCGUCCGUAAAAUGACGGACCAGUGCACCGGCCUGCAGGGGUUCCUCGUCUUUCACAGUUUUGGAGGUGGAACCGGCUCCGGCUUCACCUCUUUGCUGAUGGAGCGUCUUUCUGUCGACUAUGGCAAGAAAUCCAAGCUGGAGUUUGCUGUGUACCCAGCCCCUCAGGUGUCCACCGCUGUGGUGGAGCCCUACAAUGCCAUCCUCACCACCCACACCACCUUAGAGCACUCCGACUGCGCCUUCAUGGUGGACAACGAAGCCAUCUACGACAUAUGUAGGCGCAACAUGGACAUCGACAGUCCCGGUUACACCAACCUCAACAGAUUGAUCGGUCAGAUUGUGUCCUCAAUCACAGCCUCCCUUCGUUUCGACGGCUCCCUCAAUGUGGACCUGAUGGAGUUCCAGACCAAUCUGGUCCCAUUUCCACGUAUCCACUUCCCUCUGGUUACCUACUCGCCCAUCAUCUCUGCUGAGAAGGCGUAUCACGAGCAGCUGACUGUGUCCGAGAUCACAAGCGCCUGCUUUGAGCCGACCAAUCAGAUGGUCAAGUGUGACCCCCGUCAUGGCAAGUACAUGGCGUGCUGCAUGCUGUACCGAGGCGAUGUCGUCCCUAAGGAUGUAAAUGCUGCCAUCGCAAACAUAAAGACCAGACGUUCUAUUCAGUUCGUCGACUGGUGCCCAACUGGAUUUAAGGUGGGCAUCAACUACCAACCUCCGACUGCGGUCCCUGGUGGAGACCUGGCCAAAGUCCAGAGGGCUGUUUGCAUGCUGAGCAACACCACGGCCAUCGCUGAGGCCUGGUCACGUCUCGAUCACAAGUUCGACCUCAUGUACGCCAAGCGUGCGUUCGUCCACUGGUAUGUAGGUGAAGGUAUGGAGGAGGGAGAGUUCGCAGAGGCCAGAGAGGACCUGGCCUGUCUCGAAAGGGAUUACGAGGAUUUGGGUCAAACAUACCCAGAUUCUGAAAAUGAUGAUGAAGACCAAGAAUACUGAACCCUGCAAGGCUGUGACGGCUGCAUGGCAUUUUAUCCUGAGUCAGUAAUGAUGUCAUAUCUGUACUGUCUGUCUUCUAAAGCUAGCCAAGGUGAUGAUCUUUGUCACUGCCAUGUUUUUAUAACGUCAGAAGAAGACAGACUAACACUGAAGCUGUAUUUGAAUUGUGUUGUGAAAUAAAGUUUGUCUUUGCAUA